AUGGAUAAAAGUCAAUCGUUCGUUUUUCGACAGGAAGUCCCGGCAUUGGCAAGGGACGUAAUCAUCGUGCACGGUUAUUAUUUACAGACGUCUCGUAUAUCAUUACAAAUCAAGGCGUACAUUGCGCACGGGCUCGAGUUUCAAGAGGAGAGAACACGCACAAUGCAGCCGAGAUCGGAUCGUGAUAUUAACGGCGUGCUGAAUAAUUUGGUGUACUCAGGCAACGGACCCGUACGCUUCGGAUAUCGAGCGUGUAUCGCGAAAAUUGGAGGAUUCGCGCCAGAC